AUGGCAUCCACAACAACAGAAGAUCCAGAUAUAAAAGUGACUCUGGAGGAUUUGCCAAUAACAUUUAGGGUAAAAUACGUAGGCUGCGAAGUGGCUCGUGGAAUUUGGGGCAUUAAAUAUACCCGACGCCCGGUGGACAUCAUGGUUUCGGCAGCCAAGCGCAAAACACCCAAACAACCCUUAACACAAUGCAACCUCAAAGUAUCAACUGAAGGCAUUACUGUCGACAUAAUAGGCUCACAAUCAAAUCUGAAUAAUUGGUCAUAUCCGAUUGAUACAAUUUCAUAUGGCGUACAAGAUAUAGUCUUCAACCGCGUAUUCGCAAUGAUUGUCGUGAAAGAUGAAGAACAUCCAAAUCCCUUCGAAGUGCACGCUUUCGUGUGCGAUAGUCGUGCAACGGCAAGAAAACUUACAUAUGCGCUGGCGGCUGCAUUUCAAGAGUAUUCGCGGGUUGUAGGUGCGACAGGUAAAACAUCACAGACCGAUAGCAUUACGCCAACACGGCAAAGAUUCGCAAUCGAUUUGCGCUCACCCGAGCAACAAGCAGGCGAUGAGGAGGAAGAGACGGAGGCCUAAGCUGGGUAUGAAUGCUGAAGAUAAUUUAGUGAAUUGAUGUUUACCAAAGGAUAUCGACAGCGGUGUAAUGUGAUUCAAGUGAAAAAUUUGUGUACUUAAGUUAUACCAAUGAGUUCAUACAAAGUAGUUGAUGUUUAAAGCUUUAAGAGAGUAUUUUUUUUUUAACGGAUUAAAGCAACCAAAAAUAAUAUAAGCCUCAGUAAGUCGUACGUUGUAGAUAUCGCAGCUUUAUGUGUAUUUAGUAUUUCUGUAAUUAGACACUAGUUUCGAAUUUGUGUAUUUGAAAAAGUCAAAAAAAUGUCUAUCCACCAGAAUUCUUAUAUUUAUAUUUCUUAGUUUAAGCGAACUGUGAACUGUUAAUUUUAAUAAAAAUGAGAAUAAUGUACUUUGUGUAUAUAUAACACAAUCCAACAUAUUUGCGGUUGAAAAUAGUCCGGAAAAAAAUUAGAAGGAAUUGUCGUUAUUUUGGAUACAGAGAAUGAAGAAAACACAAGAGGAAAAUGGAAUAGCAAUGAAAGGAAGGUGGAAUUGCAGAACAGAAAAAAAGUUGGAAUGUAAAAAUGAAAAUUUCACCAAACGAUUAGAGUGGGAGUAAAGGAAAGACACGACACAAUUCGGAAAGAUAGAAUAAAGGGAAGCCAGAGUAUUUGCAAAUAGGUCAUUUUAGUUAUGACAAAAUUUCCCAAAUCAUCUAUUUAUUAUGAAUAUAACUUACUAUUCUAAAAAAGUGUGGAAAAGAUAUGUACUAAGUUGUUCAUUAAGUUUUGCGGCUCGAUAAGAAAAACACCAUUUUACGGUUUGAAAUUCACUUUACUUUUCAGUAUAGUCUCCCUGAACAUCUUUACUUUUGUUCCAACGAGCUUCCACUUUGUGAAUUCAAUCAGGAACAGCUGCAAAAUACGCUUCAUCAGUUGUUAUGACCAAGUUUGCAAGUAAUCCACAAUUAAAUUCUUUUUGAGACCCAAACGAACUGAUGCUAACAAGUUCUUGACCGAUUUCUGAACAUGAACUCCUUUCGGAGCCGAAGAACCAGGUUCUCACCACACUUUGACCUCUUGUUUCGAUUUAGCAUCAUGGUGAUAGUUUGGCGGUUACUGUAUUGUACAAGUAUGUAUGUAUGUAUAUGUAUAUACAGUUAUAUGCACCCUGCAGUCAAACGAACUAAUUCUGAACUAUGUGCUUUUUCUCCAAUUUGCUUUGAAGCUGAAGUUGUUUGGUAUUCUAUAUAUUUUU